AUGGUUCAUAUUAGUUCGCACGGCAUUCAUAUUCCAGGAAGCCCGCUAAGUUAUCCAACGAUAUCAAAAAGCCCAAUUAUGGAAAAUGCUAACAAUAAUAUUUCGGAUUCGGAAGAAGGAACAACUAUUUCUUUACCAAAACCCUCUCCAACAAAGAAAACGAACACAUUAAAGUUUUCAAUCGCAAAAAUCAUGGAGCAUGAAGAAAACCCGAAAAAAUCUAGCAGUAAGGAACGUUUAUCGCCUGAAAUUGAAUCAGCUUCGUCAAAUAUUUACGAUUCUGCUUUUAAAAAGUAUGUGCCUAAUGCUUCUAUAAAUCCUUUUUUGUCGGGUAGUCCACAAGAAUUGCUCGCUCAAUAUCCGUUGCUUUACUAUCCAAGUCAGUUGAUGUGUGCUGCCCAAUAUGCCUUGACACAUCCUUCAACAACGAUUCCGACAACUUAUCCUCAGCUUAAUAGCUCAAUAAGAAAUCAAACAGCUGUCACAACAUCAACACAUACACGUGAUAUUGUUCCCUUAAAUUUACGCGCAAAGAUACCUGCGAGAAAGCCUCCUGUUGAUACAACAGAAUCCUCGGGAUCAAAUAGCAAGCAGAAAACGUUUGCCUGUCCUGAAUGUGGAAAAAUAUUUAACGCACAUUACAAUUUGACACGUCAUAUGCCCGUACACACAGGUGCUCGCCCAUUUGUUUGUAAAAUCUGUGGCAAAGGAUUUCGACAAGCAAGUACUUUGUGUCGUCACAAGAUUAUUCACACGUCUGAUAAACCUCACAAAUGCCAAACUUGUGGAAAAGCUUUCAAUCGUUCUUCAACACUUAACACCCAUACUCGUAUUCAUGCUAAUUACAAGCCAUACAUUUGUGAAUAUUGCGGUAAGGGAUUCCAUCAAAAGGGCAACUAUAAGAAUCAUCGACUUACGCAUAGCGGCGAAAAGGCAUAUAAGUGUAAUAUAUGCAACAAGGCGUUUCAUCAAGUUUACAACUUGACUUUUCACAUGCACAUCCAUUCGAACUCCAAACCAUACGAAUGUCCGUAUUGCAAAAAGGGAUUCUGUCGAAAUUUCGAUUUGAAGAAGCAUAUGCGGAAAUUACAUAACAUAAGUGAAUUUUCCGUGAGACAAUCGGCGUCUCAUAGUAAUAGUAGUAAUACUAAUGGUGCUUCAUCGUCACAGUCAUCUAUAGCAUCUCCAAAUACAUCAUCAAGUAGCCUUGUAUCGAGUACUUCAGUUAAUAGUUUAAAUACAUGGCACUCAACGGCGGUCUCAGUUCAUCAUCAUACUGACUAUUCCUCGAGUGCAUUGAUACGACAACGUGUUGAUGCUCCAUUUAUUGCAAAAGUGUUUUGACAAAAAUAUCUUAGUCAAUUUAAUAAGUAUAAUAGCCACAAACCGAUAUUGAUAAAUUAGAAAGUGCAAUAAACUCAUUUUUCUCAUUAUUUUGCUAAGUAGUAUAAUUUUCUUGUUAAGACUAACAAUUAAGAACGUUUGAAUUGAAA